GUUCCUAGUUGGAUUCAUUUGCGCUCUGAUACAAUGGGAACUCCCAGAGAGGCUUUUGAUUCUGUUGUGCCACAGCAGGAACCCCUACAGGUUAAUCUUGGUAACCACAUAAACAGUCCUUGCACUAAGUUAUUUGGGUUUGGGGUCCUUAAGAUAAGUUGGCAGGUGGUGGUUGCUCAAAGUAUGAUGAUUUUGGGAACUACCCCACAGUUAGGUAUUUGAGAUAAGGUAGACUGUAUGGUCAGAUCCUGGAGAGACUCAUGGAAUUCAAGGAGUGAUAUGAGUAGGAAAUCAGGUACACAUAUGUAUGCACUUCUACAAUCACAGGUUUAUUUCGGGUAAGUUGGUGUGAAUGAGUUUAUACUUGUAAAACCUCACGUUGCGCUUGCUCUCCUGGAAGAUGAAUUAAUAUCUGCAAGGGAUUUUUUUGCUAUCAAAGUGUUUUGGCAGGGUGGUCUUAAAAAUCUGCCAAACCUUAGUUUGAGAGUAGAAGAGGAUACAGUGCCAGCACAACUGGCAUGAAUUUUGGUUCUGGAUCUGCCACUAAAUGUGUUUAGGGAAUAUUCCAACAUUUCUGUCCUUCAACUUCCAGUUCUGUAAAAUGAGAGUUGGAAGUAGACUCUAUCUGAACUCUUUCCGAUCCAUUCUGGGUACUAGCUUUUCUAGGGAACUGAGUUUGGGAAAUGAUUGCCCUCACACCGCCCACAUUCGGUAAUUCCCUUUUCAGCCUCACUCUCUGGUUCCUCUUGGAAGGACUCCUAAACCUCCCUCGCUUCAAGACCCUGCAAACAGUUUCCCCCCCAGUCUUCAGAAGCUGCCCCUUAGAAGGGGACAAUAGGGUUUGUGUCACAGGGGUCUCUGACAGCACGUAACAAUGCGCAGGGGAGCCCCCACCUAGGGCGCUCUGCCCCGGCCAGCUGCGGUGGUGAGGAUGGCGCACUUGUGCCAGUGUCCUCUGCGGCUGGAGAAGAGCUUCAUCUUGGAUGGUGUGGCCGUGAGCACUAUAGCGCGCAGCUAUGAGAGGCUGAGGCCCAAGCUCUGGUCGGCGAUUCCUCCCUACAACGCGCAGCAGGACUACCACGCCCAUCGGUACUUCCGGAGUCACGUGGUUCCGCCGAUCUUGCGGAAAACUGAUCAGGACCAUGGCGGUACAGGAAGGGAUGGCUGGAUAGUGGAUUAUUUCCACGUCUUCGGGCAAGGACAGAGAUACCUCAACAGGAGAAACUGGGCAGGGGCAGGGCAUUCCCUCCAGCAGGUGACGGGGCAUGACCACUACAAUACCAAUCUGAAAGCAACCCAGGGGUUCAAUGGUCGGUUUGGCUAUCGCCGGAACACCCCAGCUCUCCGCCAGCACCCAUCUGUCUUUGGAGAAGUCACCCAAUUCCCUCUCUUCUAACAGCAGCUCUUUCCUUCACACUCCUCGACCUGAAUUUCUAAGACAGAUGUUUGUACGAACUCUCAAUGUUACUUUAUUAAAAAAAUGUGUGUGCG